AUGCCGUUGUGGCAGAUCUACCACCCGCCCAACCUCUUCACCGAUGACGCCACGAAACAGUCCUUCGCAGAGGACAUUACAAAGAUGUACACGGGGCUAGGCCUGCCCGCAUUCUACGUGGUGGCCCAAUUCAUAUCCAUGACGAAUGAAAACGUGUACGUUGGCGGGAGGACCAGAACCCAUCAGCGGGACACGGAGAAGCCCUUUGUCCGCGUCGUCAUCACCCACAGCGCGCUCCAAAUCCCCGAAUCCGACGAAAUGCACACACGCGCCACGUCGCAGCUGGACCGGGUUAUGAACCCUCAUCUAGUGGAUCGGGGGUACGAUGUUGAAUACCAUGUUCACGAGACGGAUCGUCGGCUGUGGAAGAUCAAUGGCUUGAUUCCGCCGCCGUACAAGAGUGCCGAGGAGCAGGUCUGGGUUCGGGAGAAUCGAGCUAUGCCGUAUCCGGGGGCGUAUCCUCCAACUACUUUUAUGUCGGAGUGA